AUGGAGGAGCCGAGCCCCACGACGGCGGUGCUCGAUCGAGAGCACCCGAAUAGGGCACAGAGCCGCCUGUGUGCUCUUUCCGAGGAAGUCAUCGUGGAGAUUAUGUAUCGAAUGCGGGAAGCCGACCUUUAUUUUAUGCGACACGUAUCCCAUCUGUUCUUCAGACUCUUUAGAGAGAAGCGCUUCGGGAUUUUCAGAGACAAGUGGGAACCGUCCUACUUCAACUUUUCAAGACACCAGGGUUGCGCCUGCCAUAGGGAAGUACAGCUUAAGCUGCGACGUUCAUUGCUCCUGUCUACAGCUAGGGCACCGCAGUUUCUCUUCAAUGCGAGCCAUGCGAAUCUCUGCCAACCAUGCCUGCAGCGUAUCCCAGACAGAACGGAAUUAAAGCUCCACCUGGCUCGCUAUGAGGAGAAACUGUGGUGCUCUGGCUGCAGACAGGAGCACCAAAGACUGUGGUUCUCAACAGAGCAGCUCUUCAAGCUUAAUAAACGGAAAAAGAGGCGCUCCAAGCCCCCGAAGAUUGAAUAUUCUAAGAAAUCCCCUGGUGACCAUGGGGCAGCCAAUCGUGAGAUUGGAAUGAGGUGGGCAGUCCCGCUCUCUGCGGUUGACGACGAAACUCCUGGUCAUCACGGCUACGACCAGCUCCUCUGUCCUCAUGUCACUUGGAAAGAAGUUCGAAUUCAAGCUAACGAAGAGUAUUGGAGAUACUUCACGUGUCAGAGCUGCAACUUCAAAUAUUUGUUUUCGUCAGACAAAGAGGGGACAGAGACGUUCGUUCAAGGGCGCCGGUUACUCUGGAGUAAUGUCCAGGACGAGAACAAGGACAGCGACAGUCGAAUUCAAAAAGUGCGCUUGCUGGACCCGGAAUCGUACGAGAUAGACACCAGCUUGUCGAAAAACGUGUUGUGGUGUGACAGCGAAGGGUGCUUGAACGCCUACACCAACCCCAACUUCCACUUCGACCGCAUUUUGAGCGAGUACUUCCGGGUUACAUACCCGACGCCUUACUCAGAGAGCUCUGAUCGCUGCUAUUCCUGCCAGGGCAUGUCAACGACACAUUUUCCUUGGCCAUCAGACGUCCUCAAGGAGUUCGAGUUUUGCUCCUCUAAGGGCGUCAAGUACGUCGUUGAUUACCUUCACGCGCGAUUGUGCGACCUUCACGCGCGAUCGUGCGAGUGGCAGCGCGAGGAGCUGCGAGAACAAUAUGACAAACACCCCUGGCUUUUUCUUGACUACCUUAAGCGGGGAAACGAUUCUUAG